CUUGUCAAAUUAUGAUUAGUCUAUGUUAAUUUAUGAAAACAACAAUUGGGAUCAAUGCCUUAAUAUUAUUAUUAUUAUUAUUAUGAGAAAACACUUAAAAGUCCAGAGCCACACCGUGCGAAUUAAUUAGUCAGUAGCUAACAUUUAAUCAAUUAUUAAUUGAUUUUAAUUUUAUUAUUAUUAUUAUAUUUUUUAAAUGAAAAAGAUAUCGACUCUACAACAAAAGAUUCUUCCGUGUCUUCAAAAAUAAGCACACACUUAUAAGCGGCCAUCGAUCAUUCAUCUCCAACUUCCUCUUGCUCUUCCUCUUAUUCCCACGCAAUUUCUUGUUCCACGAUCGAUGAUCCGGCGCAAAUGGUUGCCGUUCGGCCGGAAUUCUGUAUAGCUACGGGAAGGGCCACAAGGAAUAUAUAGAGUUCAUCAAAUACCUCUUUUGGUGUUCUUUUUUAAUCGUAUUUAUUUUUUUAUUUUUGUUUUCUAGGAGAUUAUCACUUCGUUGAGUUGAAAUUCUGUAUUUGUCGGAUUGAUGGCUUCCGUCUCUGGAAUUGCCGGAAGCAGCAAUUUGGCGGUUGCGAAUUGUGCUUUUUCGAACAAGUGCAAUUUUGCGGUCGGGAGGCAGUACCGAGUGAGGAUUCAAUCAUGCUUAGGGGUUCCGGUGGGAGGGCGAUUGGGGUGUGUACUCCAGGGUAGAAGGAAGCUUCAAUCGGUUCAAUUGGAUGUGUUCAUCACCAGCGACGACGAGGAGGAGAUGAGCGAAGGUUUUUUCGAGGCGAUUGAGGAGUUGGAGCGGAUGGCGCGGGAGCCGUCGGAUGUGCUCGGCGAAAUGAACGACCGGCUGUCGGCUCGCGAGCUGCAGUUAGUGUUGGUGUACUUUGCGCAGGAAGGGAGGGACUCUUGGUGUGCGUUGGAGGUCUUUGAGUGGCUGAAGAAGGAGAAUCGAGUUGACAAGGAGACGAUGGAGUUGAUGGUGUCGAUAAUGUGCGCGUGGGUGAGGAAAUUGGUGGAGGGGAGGAACAAAGUGGAGGAUGUGGUUGAUCUAUUGGUGGACAUGGAUUGUGUUGGUUUGAAGACGAGCUUCAGCAUGAUUGAGAAGGCAGUUUCGAUGUAUUGGGAGGCAGGGGAGCGUGAUCAGGUGGUGUUGUUUGUGAAGGAGGUGCUCAAGAGAGGGAUAUCAUACGACGACGAUGAGGACAACAAGGGUGGUCCGGCGGGGUAUCUUGCGUGGAAGAUGAUGGAGGAAGGGAGCUUCCGGGAUGCUGCCAAAUUAGUGAUUCAUCUAAGAGAAUCCGGGCUGAAACCCGAGGUAUACAGCUACUUAAUAGCAAUGACAGCUGUGGUCAAAGAACUCAACGAAUUCGCAAAAGCAUUGCGUAAGUUAAAAGGCUUCACGAAGACCAGUUUAGUUGCAGAGCUGGACGUUUUCAACGUCCAUCUAGUAGAAAAAUACCAAGAAGAUCUUCUCGCCGAUGGUCUUAGGCUCUCCAACUGGGCUUCCGAAGAGGGAGGCCCGUCUCUUGACGGAGCCAUCCACGAACGCCUUCUAGCCAUGUAUGUCUGCGCCGGCCGUGGAGUCGAAGCUGAACAGCAGCUCUGGAAAAUGAAGCUUGUAGGUAAGGAAGCCGAUGGAGAUCUUUACAACAUUGUUUUAGCUAUGUGUGCUUCUCAGGGGGAAGCCAGUUCGGUUGGACGGCUGCUAACCCGUACAGAAGUCGCCAGCUCAGUCCGGAGAAGAAAAGCGCUGUCGUGGCUGCUGAGAGGCUACAUCAAAGGCAGGCAUUUCAAGAAUGCCGCGGAGACGCUGAUGAAGAUGCUUGACUUGGGACUGUUCCCGGAGCUCAUCGACCGGAUUGCUGUGCUGCAAGGAUUGAGCAGAAGGAUCCAACAGCCAGGUAACGUGGACAUUUAUCUUACACUCUGCAAAAGAUUAUCUGAUGCAAAUUUGAUUGGGCCUUCUCUGGUUUAUCUUCAUAUGAAAAAACACAAGCUUUGGGUUAUUAAAAUGCUCUGAAUCCUGGAACAAGUUUAGGUUUCUUCCACACGAGAUGUUAAUAUGUAUAGUGUAGAAGAAGAAUGUUAUUAUGUGUUAAUAGGUUAGAUGGUUGACAACAUUUUGGGGUAUGUAUGUAUAGAAAUAUGAUAAUAACAAUAAUGUAAUGUUUAUUGUGUGAUGUUGAUGAACAGAACAGAACAGAACAGUUACAGAUCUGUUGUUGAUUUAAUAAGAAAAAAUGGCUGACUUCGUCUUGA